AAAACUUGCUAUAAAACAUUCUGCGGCAAGUAACAAAGUUUAAUCAUCAUUAGUUCAUAAGUCCAUUAAAUUCUCAUCUAUUUUAUAAUAAUUUCUGACGAUUGAUUAACCCGCUUUUAUCUACACUCAUUAGUGAAACGGUACCAUGAAAGUGAAACAAUUGGACGAGAACAAAAUAAAUCGUUUGAUUAGUAAAAUUGACUCUGGACAAGAUGAAUUAUAUGGUUAUGACGAGGAGAAAAAAAUUCUUGAAAAUGUCCUCAACAAAACUUUUAAAAAUGGUGAAUCAAGCAGUGUAAUUAUCUAUGGGUGUCGUGGUUCUGGUAAAACAUGCUUAUUGGAUCAUUGUUUAAAAAAGAAGGUUACUUCAUCUUCUCGUAGACGCACCAUAAUCAAAUUGGAUGGUGCGAUACAUAAUACUGAUGCUUUGGCCCUUUCUGUGAUAGCUCAAUGUGUGGAUAUUCCUGUGACUAAUGCUUCACAAAUAGGUACUGCACUUCAAGAAAAAAUUUCAUCCUCAAAGACUAUCAAAACAUUUUGUUUUAUUUUAAACGAGAUUGACAUCUUUUGUCGCCGACAGCAAACGCUGUUGUACACUCUUUUUGAUGCCGUUCACUACGUGCCUGGUAUAUGUUUGAUUGGAUUAACAGCUAAAGCUGAUUGUACUGAUUAUGUUGAAAAAAGAGUUAGAUCCAGAAUGUCUUACCAAACAAUUGUAUUGUCAUCACCUUUUAAAAACCAAAAAGAAUACUUUGAUUACGUGAAAAAUUACCUUGAAGGUGCUUUCAGUGACAGUAUAUUGAAACCGCUUGUUUUCAGACAAUACAAGAAAUCACGAACGCCUGGUGAUAUGAAAAAAUUCAUGCUUGAUUUACUUCUUAGCUGUGAUAGUUUGACUGCAUCAAAAUCUUUAACCAAUGACCGCAAAGUUCAACUACUGGAAUCGUUAUCCUUUCUUGAAUUGGCUGUUGUUUGCUUGAUCUCUAAGAAACUCUCGGACUCUGGGAAAACUUUUUUCCGACCCAUAGAGAUCGCACCUUUACUUCGUAACAUUCCUGCACAAAUCUCACACUCUAAAGAGCUGUUUCUGUUUGUUUUACAUCGUCUAAUCGAUUAUGGAUUGCUUUUUAUAAAUCCUGGUCAAAGAUACAAUUCUUACAUCUCUGAUUGGACUUCUUUAUCUUUAAAUGCUGACCUAGAACUACUCAAAUUUGUUCUAAAUAAGAACAAGAAAGAUUUGCCUACAAACUUUCUCCAUGUUUUAGAAACAACAGCUUGAAAGUUCACCUUACUUUCUACCUGCUAUCUGAUUUUAAAUCUAUCAUAAAGUGCCAUUGUAGAUUUUCAUAUUUUUAAUAAUUAAUAAAUUUUAUAUUCCUCAAAAA